AUGGCUUCAAGUGAAAAUGUUGGAAAUGAUUCAAGCCGCUACGCUGAAUUGAUUAAAUCUACGAAAAAUAGCCUAAAAAUAAGCAUCUAUGGAUUCUUGUAUGUCAAAGAUAAGAAUCGGAAUGAUUCGUAUUACUGGGUUUGCGAACGCAAGGGGCAAAAAGCAACGAAAUGCACAGCGAGAGCUGUUACACUUUGUGUUGGAACCCAACACAAGAUUGAAAAAUUUGAUGCUAAUGAACACAAUCAUGCUGCCGAAGCAAGAAGAUUCUCAUCCUUGAAAGCAUGUAUUCAAAUGAAAGAGCUUGCUCAAAUUAGCAAUGAUUUACCUAUACAGAUCAUUACUAAUGUUAUUGCCACAUUACCGCAACACAUACAACCAUGUUUACCAAGAAAGAAUGCAUUAAGACAGCAAGCCAAUAGAGCCAAACGGGUUUGUGUUGAAGAAGUUGAACCAAAAGCGUUGAAUGAUUUCAUAUUGCCGGAUAUGUAUUGUAUUACUUUAAAGAGUGUGCCUUUUGCGGAAGAUAUUUCGCUUGGAGAAGAAAGAAUUUUGGUUUUUACAACAAUGGAAAACCUUAAAUGGUUACAAAAUGCAAAAUUUUGGAUCAUGGAUGGAACAUUUAAAACAGUUCCAACUUUGUUUCGCCAAUUGUAUACCAUUCAUGCACCAGCUGGUGGAAGUGUUAAUUUUCAAAUUGUUCCUCUUGUGUAUGCACUCAUGACUCUGAAAAGUGAAGAAUUAUAUCAGAAGUUAUUUGAAGUACUUAAUGAAUUGGCGAACGAAAAUCAGCUGGAACUGAACCCAGAAUAUAUUUUAACUGAUUUUGAAAAAGGUGCCGUCAAUGCAGUAAAAUCAGAGUUUCCGAAUGCUCAAAUCAAAGGUUGCCAUUUCCACCUAGGCCAAUCAGUGUACAGACACGUUCAAAGUGCAGGACUCGCAAAAGCAUAUGGAGACGAUGAAAAUUUAAGUUUACUUAUAAGAUACAUUCCAGCUUUGGCAUUUUUGCAUCCUGUAAAAAUUCCUGAAGCGUUCGAUGAAGUCAAAGAUUCAUUACCAUCUGAUGCUGAGCCAAUCAUUGAAUGGUUUGAAGAUAAUUAUGUACGUGGAAAGAUAAAAAAGCUAAUGAGAAAUGGAUCAAUUCAAAGAUAUGAACCACUAGUCCCACCUGCCAUGUGGUCUGUCUUUGAUAAUACCGAGUUUGCGUUUCCAAGGACCCAAAACAAAGUCGACGCUUGGCAUAGACGAUGGGAAAUAUUAAUUCCACGAUCUCAUGUUGGUAUUUUCACGAUGAUUAAGCAGAUACAAAAAGAGCAAAGUAUAGUGGAAAUGGAAAUUGAAAAGUCAAUGCGUGGCGAACCAGCUCCAAAGAAACGCAAAGAAGAUGAAGACAGGGAAAUAAGAAUAAAAAAUGUGAUUAUUGAUCGGGACAAUAGAACAACUAUGGAUUUUCUUCGGGGUAUUGCCCACAAUCUUUCUUUGUAA